AUGGAGGACGUGAGCGAGGUCCGCACAGACAGCAACUCUCUGCUGAAGGCCGUCUACCUGAGCCGCCUGCGUCUGACCCGCCUCCUGCUGGAGGGCGGGGCCUACAUCAACGAGAGCAACGAGCGUGGGGAGACGCCGCUCAUGGUCGCGUGCAAGACCAAGCACGUGGACCAGCAGAGCGUGACAAAGGCCAAGAUGGUCAAGUACCUGCUGGAGAGCGGAGCCGACCCGAACAUCCAGGACAAGAGCGGAAGGACGGCUCUGAUGCACGCCUGCCUGGAGCGGGCCGGCCCCGAGGUGGUGUCCCUGCUGCUGCGGAGCGGCGCCGACCCCAGCCUGGAGGACCACUCCGGCUCCUCCGCCCUCAUCCACGCGGUCAACGCCAGCGACAAGGAGACCCUCAGGGUCCUGCUGGACGCCUGCAAGGCCAGAGGCAAGGAGGUCAUCAUCAUCACCACGGACAAGCUGCCCUCUGGGCGGCAGAUGACCAAGCAGUACCUCAACGUGCCCCCUUCGCCUAACCUGGAGGACCGCCUGCUCUCCUCACCCAUGCCGUGCACGUCGCCCUCCGAAAUCGAGCUCCGCACGUCUCCCCAGGCGACGACUUCCCAGCAGGGGAGGCAUAUCUUCACCUUUAAGGACUGCCAGGGCUCUGGUACUGCCGCGUCUCAGCCAGGCUCCCCCACCCACAAGCCUAGCCCGGUCCACAGCGGCAUGGCUAAGUUUCUCCACCUGCAACGGCUGAACUCUGAGCCCUGGCUGAAGAUCCCUCAGUCCCUGCUAGCACAGCAGACCAAGGCCUCCUCUCUGACCGAGGACCUGCCUGACAUCACCCCAGAGGAGGAGCUGUCUUUCGGGAUCGACGGGCUGAAUUUCGCCAAGGCGCCUGCCGCCAGCUUCCAGAACAUCCACUCCAGGGACACGGCUUGCUGGAGCCGGGCACUAGAGCGGGAGGCAAAUAAUGACGGAAGAGGAGGAGGGAUGGGAGGCCUGUCCAGGAAAAUGUCUUACGACGACAUAUCCUCACUUCACUCCUCCUCGCACCCAGACAUCCACCGCAAUGUCACCGCUGUCACCCCCCUUGGUGGCAGGGACCCAGACUGCCUCCCCAACCUGGCUGUGUCCAGCCUGCGCAACAUCCUUCAGCGCAGGAACGUGGGCAUGGAGCACUACAGCUCUGACUCCCAGCUGUCCCAGUACAGCGGCCAUGGCCCAGAGGACUGCAAGGGGCUGCUAGAGAAGAGGAAACUGGUGUCUUCCCGUUCCUCCACCCUAUCUGGCUCCCGGGAGUCUCUGGAGAGUACGGCUCAGGUUGCCCGGAGGCACCCAGGCAUACUGGAGCGCAGGGGUUCCGGGGCUUUGCUCUCCGACCACAUCUCCCACUCCCGGCCUGGAUAUCUGCCGCCACUCAACCCGCAUGUACCCAUCCCCCACAUCGCCAUCUCUGGCACCGGCAGUAUCGGCAAUGUUGGCGCUACCAGCGGCAGCGCAAAGUUGGUCUGCGGGGCCGCCACAGGCUUGAAGCCCCUUGUUCCCACCGCGCCCACCUUCCCCAAAGACCUCAAGGCUAAGAAGAUGCUCCUCAGACGCCAUUCCAUGCAGACGGAGCAAAUCAAACAGCUGGUCAACCUGGAGGAGAUCUUCAGCCACUGA